AUGCCGUCAGGGCAGAAGAUGCCGCUCUUAAGCACUGCAAGUGAGAUUUCAACUCACACAUGCACCAUGUAUAUUAGAAACCCCUCACCACUGGCUUCGCUUGUUGCUCAAGCUCACUUUUGGGGCAGUCAGCAUCCAGUCUCCAAGAUGCGCCGCUGGUUUUGCUUAUGGCCUGUUGCCUUGAUCCAUGGCCACCAGGAUGUGGAAUUAAGAGCACUCGAGGCCGAUGAAGAUUGCACUCAGGCUGCUGAUGGCUCAUGCAGUUUGGAAUUGCUUCAAGCAGGCUCCAGGAGAGAAGCUUGGGACGAUGAGCCCACCGCCUGGGGAGAUCUCUCUCACUAUGGGCGCUUCACCGGUGGGACCUGCAGUUUCUGGAACUGUGACCAGAGUCGAGGGCCUACCAUUUGUCACCAUUUGAAGUGCAUUUGCGCGGAGGGGUAUUUGGCAUUUGCAGGCACUUGUAGAUCAGAGUCUGAACAACCCACCACUGCGCUGGGCACCCGCACGGGCGAAACUUGCCGCAUGGGCUACUGCACGGUGCCUCAUUCCACCUGCAAAGCAGGAAAAUGCUUUUGUGGUCGGGGCUACACCGCGAACAAUGGCGUGUGUCAGGUGGUUCGUUGCAUUUGGCGUACUGGGUGCCUGUUUUGGUGCUUGGUUUUGUCAGUCGAACUGGGACUAGUCGAGUCGACGGGACCGAAAGGCACGACAGCUGAGAUUCUGCUUGUGGAGAACUGCGAGAUUGGUAAAAGAAGAUGA